AUGGCUGCAGGUUGUUCAGAGGUGCAGCGGCCAAAGGCUGCUUCCGAAGGUCCGGUGGUGGGAGCAGCCGGCGUCCUGCCUUGCCUAGAGCUGCCAACUUACGAUACUGCUUGCGCACUGGUGAAUAACCGCUACUCCUGCCUGGUGGCCGGGCCGCACCGAAGGCACAUCGCUCUGUCGCCGCGUUACCUCAACAGGAAGCGCACCGGAAUUCGAGAACAGCUCGACGCGGAGCUCCUGCGCUAUUCCGAGAGUCUUUUAGGUGUCCCUAUUGCAUAUGACAACAUCAAAGUAGUGGGUGAGCUGGGAGAUAUUUAUGAUGAUCAAGGACACAUCCAUCUUAACAUUGAAGCUGAUUUUGUUAUUUUCUGCCCUGAACCAGGGCAAAAACUUAUGGGCACAGUUAAUAAAGUGUCUUCCAGCCACAUUGGCUGCUUAGUCCAUGGCUGUUUCAAUGCCUCUAUCCCUAAACCUGAGCAGAUGCCAGCCGACCAGUGGCAUUCCCUGGAGAUUAAUGUGGGAGAUGAGCUAGAAUUUGAAGUAUUCCGUUUAGACUCAGAUGCUGCUGGAGUAUUCUGCAUUCGGGGAAAAUUAAAUAUCACUAGCUUACAAGACAAGUGUUCUAAAGUUUCUGAAGACGCAACCGAAACCAUCACUGAAGAAGCUGUUGAAAAACCUCCAAAGAGGAAAAAGAAGAAGAAAGACCUAGAGCCUUACGAAGUGGAAGGUAACACUGCAGAGCUAGUGGAUGCCGCUGCAAAGGAAGGAACAGACCUGCAGACCAGUGACAAUGUGCAUGGCCUCGGCGAGGAGGAGCCAAAGAAGAGGAAGAAGAAGAAGAGAAAGCACCAUGGAGAUCAGGAGCAGGACCCUGCUUUCCAAGGCAGUGACUCCAGUGGUUACCAGAGUGACCACAAAAAGAAAAAAAAGAAAAGAAAACACAGUGAGGAGGCUGAACUUACCCCCAUUUUGGAACAAUUAUCUAAAAAGAAACGGAAAACGUAA